GUCAACGACAUCGCCGUCCUACCUGACUGUUUUUUAACCGUCAUUUUGAUGGUGAACAGUCAAAAGAGCAUGAUAUUGCAACUGUUAUUUUAUAGUUUAUUCACGCAUCUCGCGGUUUCACAGAUUGACGUUAAUCAGGCGUUAAAUCAAAAUAAACUGAAUAUUGAUACGAUAUCUUCUUCGGCAAUAAGUGAUGCUGAACUUGAAAAGACGUUUCCUAGAACAAAUUUAUCUCGAAUGAGAAAUGCUCUCAAAUCACUUCGACAAAAUUGGUCCGCAAAGCUACAAGCAAUGCCAGCCAGAAACUAUCAAAAUGCGGGAACAAAUCAAGAAAAUGGAGCAACGGAACAACAAAAACCACUACGCGAGAAGCCUCGAGACAGGGUAAAAAUGGAAGGUGACACAUUGCAUCAGGUAAACAAAGCAGCUGGAUUAAAUGAUAUUUUGUAUCAGGGUGACAUGGUUUUGACAGAUGAUCAAAUUGCAACUAUCCUGGAAGCCCGCGAUGAAACUACUGUAUCGACAGCAUCGCGAGCAAGAAGACAAGCUUAUCGAGACCGUUACUAUCCAUCUACUACAUGGGGAUCAUCUGUCUAUUAUUACUACGAUAGAACGGCAACGCCGAAAAUUGUGAAAGCGUUCGAACAGGCAGUCGCGUUCUGGCAGAAUGUAACUUGCAUCAAUAUAAUGCAGAGUAGCACAGCUAUCAAUCGAAUUCGUGUAUUCAAGGGACAGGGGUGCUACUCAUAUGUUGGCAGAAUCAGUGGAGUUCAGGAUUUGUCACUUGGAACGGGAUGUGAAGAGUUUGGAACAGCUGCUCACGAGUUGGGACAUGCUCUUGGAUUCUUUCAUACACAAUCUAGAUACGACAGAGAUAAUUAUAUUUCAAUCAACUAUGCGAAUAUUGAUCCUUCAUACGUCGAACAAUUUGACAAAGAAACAUCAAACACAAAUUUCAACUAUGGAAUGCCUUAUGAUUAUGGAUCAAUUAUGCAAUAUGGUGCAACGAGUGCUUCUUCAAAUGACAAGGCAACAAUGAUUGCACGGGAUACUGAAUAUCAAGAUACUAUGGGAUCGGAUUUUGUUGGAUUUUAUGAUAUUUCCAUGAUGAAUGAGCAUUACAAAUGCAAAGAGCUUUGUCCGGCUGCCUCCUCUGCUCAAUGCAAAAAUGGUGGUUUUCCAAGUCCCAGAAACUGUGCCAUUUGCAUUUGUCCAUCGGGAUACGGAGGUAUACUUUGUGACCAAAGACCUCCUGGAUGUGGUGACAGUGUAACUGCCACGACUACAUGGCAAACAUUAACAAACACAAUUGGAGAUGGACUUCCAACACUUCGUGAUAACCAUACAAUGUGUAAUUAUUGGGUGAAAGCACCAGAUAAUCAAGCGGUAGAGAUUAGAAUAUCAGGAUUAACAACUGUUACAAUUGAUGGAUGCAUUUUUGGAGGAGUCGAAAUAAAGACUCACAAGGACCAGAAGUUGACAGGUUACAGGUACUGCUCUUCUGCAGACCAAAACACUGUGCAUCGUUCAACUGGCUCACUAGUUCCAAUAAUUUUAUUCAAUCGAUAUGCUAGUACAAAAGCUGUUCUUGAGUAUCGUGCUGUAACUCCAUCUGUUGAUGUCUCAGCAACAUACACAACAUUUGCACCGAUUGUUAACAGUUGCCAGGAUUUACAUCCGAACUGCGACUUUUACAAGUUUUUCGGCAUGUGUCGAAGUAAAAAAAUUAGGAGUAAUUGUAAAUUCACAUGUCACGAUUGUAAUAAUAAUAAUGCAUCGCCUUUUGGCUCUAACUUUUUCAAUAAUAAUUACAAUAGUUUCAAUAACUGGUACACGAAUAAAAACAAAAAUUACUACCCCUACUCAAAUUCAAAUAACAAUAAGCCAUGGAUGUGGUUUUUCUAAUUUUUAUUCGUUUUUUUUUCUAAUUUACAGUUGUGCCGCGUAUGCAUGGAAUGGUUUUUGUGUUAAUCCGUUCUACUCAAUGCAAGCUCGUCAUUACUAUUGUGCAUAUACUUGUGGAUUGUGCUGGAUGAAUAAUAAUAAUAAUUUUUACUAAUUUUGAACCUGUUAUCAAUUUGAAAAGAAACGGGUAUGCACUACCUUUCAUUGUAUGUAAACUAAAAUGAAGUGUUUUUCCAUAA